AUGCCUCGGCCGCCUGCCAUUGGCUCGGCGACGAGUCCUGCAGGACUUGUCGAUGCAGUGGACUUCUUCUCGUCACAAGAGCGACGGCGCAGUGCUAUUUGUGUAACCCCCGCUUCGUGCUUCCCAUACAUCAAGUUGACAUCGCCCCUCGAAGUUGCCGUUUCGUCCUGCCACCCGUUUGAUGCCUCCGUACCCGACCACCUGCGAUGUCAUGAACUAGGCGCAGCUAUAGGUUUUGGAAGGGUGCGUCUUUACCUGCUCAAGAUACAUUGA